AUGACACGCUUGUGCAUCCCUAACUCCCGGCUUCCCCGCAAUGCCAUUAAGCGCAGGGGACGAGGGCUCCGACAGGAGCAUGCUGGUUUGGAUGCUCUCCGUGAUGUGGAAGAGACGGAAAUUUUCACGACACGGGUGUCACCUUGCCCUGGCCGGUGUUUCGGCUGGCCCCGGCGCUGUGGUGAGGAGCCGGACCACACGCCGCACCCUGGGGAGUCGGUCCAUCCGUCCGUCUGUCCGACGGCACGCAAAGGCAGCACAAGCGCCCAGCCAUCGCUGCUGGAAGGGUUGGCUGAUGAAUUGCACAUGCCUUCCCUGCCAGAAAUGAUGUUUGGAGACAAUAUCCUAAGAAUUCAGCAUGAUCACGGUUUUGGAAUUGAGUUCAAUGCAACAGAUGCUUUAAAAUGUGUCAAUAACUGUCAAGGUAUGAUCAAAGUGGCUUGUGCAGAGGAGUGGCAAGAGAGCAGGAGUGAGACUGAGCACACUAAGGAAGUUGUCAAGCCAUAUGAUUGGACUUACACAACAGACUACAAAGGAACUUUGCUGGGAGACACUGCAACAUUAAAGGUUGUUCCUACAACAGAACACAUAAAUACAGAGAAAUUAAAAGCCAGGGAACAAAUUAUGUUUUUUGAAGAAGUACUUCUCUUUGAAGAUGAACUUCAUGACCAUGGAGUAUCAAGUUUAAGUGUAAAAAUACGAGUCAUGCCUUCCAGCUUUUUUGUGCUGCUGAGGUUUUUCUUGCGAGUUGAUGGGGUACUUAUCAGGAUGAAUGAUACGAGGCUUCAUCAUGAGGCUGACAAGGCCUACAUGUUGAGAGAAUAUACAUCCAGAGAAAGCAAAAUAUCAAGUUUAAAGCACGUUCCACCUUCCCUGUUCACGGAACCUAACGAGAUCUCUCAGUAUCUACCCAUAAAGGAGACGAUUUGUGAAAAACUAGAAUUCCCAGAGAAGCAGGAGCCUAAACCAGAAGCAUCACUGGAAACCGUGUGUGUUAAGUCUAAAUAAAUGUGACUUUAUAUGGACUUGAAGUACACUGGAGAUAACGUGAUCAUGUAACCAUUGCCAUGGGGGGCGGUUUCACUACAAGUGGAAUAAAGAAUCUGGCUAAUUUUUCUAUAGCCCUGAGAGAAAACAUUUCAAGCAGGUUUUGCUAAUGGUGUUUUUUGUUUGUUUGGGUUUUUUUAACCUGUAUCUGGAGUUAAUGAUAGACUGGUGGUGAGUUAUAGUGUUCAACAGCG